GUCCAUGCUCCGCCAUUGCAAGGCCGGCAGACAACAAUAUCGGCGCACUACUUUGAAAGAUUAGUUUGUUUAGGCUAGAAAUAUGGAAGGUAAUCUCAACACUUCACAAAUAAAACGAGUUGCAGUAAAAUGCGAAGAUAGAUCAGAAAAUUUUAAGUAUCAAACAAGUGAUAAAAACUUUCAAAGACAAUUCGCUCAUAUUUAUUCCGAGAGAUUAUUGACUUUAAGACCAAAAUUAGAAAAAGCAGUUAAAGAAGUUUUCGACUUGCCUAUUUAUAAAUUAAAAGAUUUACAAACGAAUAAAAGAUGUGUUAUCAUUGGUACCCUAUUCAAAUCGAUGCAACUUAGACCAACAAUUUUGAAGGAAAUAAGUGAAGAAAAUGAUAUACCCCCCCAACCUAUGGAUUGUUAUAUAGAUGAAUCUGAUGAACUUUAUCUUGAAGAUGAAGUACAGAGAAUUAUAUUAGUUGGCAAUAUAAAAGCUUCCGACUAUGUCACAGGAGUUACAACGGCUAUAGUUGGUCUAGAGAAAGAAGAAGAUCAUGGUAAAUUCUAUGUUGAAGAGGUGUUUGAGUUACCACUUCCGGAACAACGUGCGAAACCCAGUCUAUCAGAUGACAUGUGGAUAGCCUUCGUGUCGGGUUUAGAUCUCGAUGGUGCCAACGAUGACUUGGUAUCCCUUCAGUUGCUUGUUGAUUACUUGACUGGAAUCCUUGGUUGUGAUGAAGAUCAGGCCAAAAUUUCAAAGAUUACGCGGUGUAUUUUUGCUGGAAACUGUUUAAAUGCUGCUACUGUAGAUAAGAAUAGUGUACAAAAGGCCAAAUAUCUUAGCAAAAAAAGCACAUCAGGAAGUUUGGAAGCCAUGCGAGAACUAGACCAUUUUUUAAGCCAAAUAGUGAGUAACAUGAACGUUACUUUACUACCAGGGAAAAAUGAUCCAGCAAAUUAUGCUUUACCUCAACAACAGUUUCACAAGUGCAUGUUUCCAAGUGCUGGGAAAAACACAAAUUUUCAUUUAACCACCAAUCCUUGUUCCCUGAAUAUUCAUGGUUUUGAUGUAUUAGGUCACAGCGGUACCCCACUUCAUAACAUAUCUGAGUACUCCUCUCUAAAGUCUGACACAAGUCUUCUUUUCAAGACACUAAAGUGGAGACACCUUGCCCCAACUGCUCCCGACACUCUAGCUUGCUAUCCACUUUUCAACCGAGAUCCAUUUAUUGUUGAAACAACGCCUCAUAUAUUUUUUUCGGGAAAUCAUGAUAGACUUCAACAUAAAAUUUUUGAAGAAAACGGUAAAGAAGUACUAUUACUUGGUCUACCUCGAUUCUCUGUAACAAAGACGUUUGCAUUGGUUAAUUUAAAAACUUAUGAAGUUUGUCCUGUAACUAUUGAUACUUGCAUCGAAGAAUCAAGUUGA